CGGAGCCGAGCGGUGCCGAGCCGGGCCGAGCCGGGCCGUGCCGUGGCCCACUAUAGCAGGCACGAUGCGGGCAGCUGAGCAGGGGUCGGCGGGUCCCUGAGCCCCGUGCACCGGGCGGCGAGGGAAGCCCGGCGCAGCACCCGUGGCCUCCCGCCAUGGCCGGGGUCAGCUACGCGGCGCCCUGGUGGGUGAGCCUCCUGCACCGGCUGCCGCACUUCGACCUGCGGUGGGAGGCUACCAGCAGCCAAUUCCGGCCCGAGGACGUCGACUACCAGCAGGCGCUGCUGCUGCUGGGGGCCGCUGCCCUGGCCUGCCUGGCCCUAGAUCUCCUCUUCCUGCUCUUCUAUUCCUUCUGGCUGUGCUGCCGGCGGAGGAAGACCGAUGAACACCUCGAUGCUGACUGUUGCUGCACCGCCUGGUGUGUCAUCAUUGCCACCUUGGUCUGCAGUGCGGGCAUCGCAGUGGGAUUCUACGGCAACGGGGAGACCAGCGAUGGCGUUCAUCGAGCCACCUACUCCCUCCGCCAUGCCAACCGCACAGUGGCAGGGGUCCAGGACCGCGUGUGGGACACGUCUGCGGCCCUGAACCGCACAGCAGAGCCAAACCUGCAGAGCCUGGAGAAGCAGCUGGCUGGGCGGCAGGAGCCACUGAGGGCUGUGCAGCGGCUACAGAGCCUGCUGGGGACACUGCUGGGCUACACUGCCACCAUCCCCUUUUGGAGGAACCCUGGAGUAUCGCUGGAGGUGCUAGCUGAACAGGUCGACCUCUAUGACUGGUACAGGUGGCUGGGGUACCUGGGUCUGCUGUUGCUUGAUGUCAUCAUCUGCCUCCUGGUGCUGGUGGGCCUCAUCCGCAGCUCCAAGGGUAUCUUGGUUGGGGUCUGCUUGCUGGGUGUCUUGGCCCUGGUCAUCAGCUGGGGUGCACUGGGCUUGGAGCUGGCCGUGUCUGUGGCCUCCAGCGACUUCUGCGUAGACCCUGACACCUUUGUGACCAAGAUGGUGGAGGAGCACUCAGUACUGAGUGGGGACAUUUUACAAUACUACUUGGCUUGCUCACCCCGUGCCACCAACCCCUUUCAGCAGAAGCUGUCAGGCAGCCACAAGGCUCUGGUAGAAAUGCAGGAUAUCGUGGCCGAGCUGCUGAGGAGUGUCCCGCGGGAGCACCCAGCCACCAAGGAUCCCUUGCUCCGAGUCCAGGAGGUGCUAAAUGGCACGGAAGUGAACCUCCAGCACCUUACCGCCUUGGUGGACUGCCGGAGCUUGCACCUGGACUACGUCCAGGCCCUGACAGGCUUCUGCUACGAUGGUGUGGAGGGUCUCAUCUACCUGGCCUUCUUCUCCUUCAUCACAGCCCUCAUGUUCAGCUCCAUCGUCUGCAGUGUUCCACAUACCUGGCAACAGAAGAGAGGCCCAGAUGAGGAUGGGGAAGAGGAGGCUGCCCCAGGGCCACGGCAGGCACACGACAGCCUCUACCGAGUGCACAUGCCCAGUCUGUACAGCUGCGGAAGCAGCUACGGCAGUGAGGCCAGCAUCCCGGCCGCCGCCCACACCGUCAGCAAUGCCCCGGUCACCGAGUACAUGAGCCAGAAUGCCAAUUUCCAGAAUCCCCGCUGUGAGAACACCCCCCUCAUUGGGCGCGAGUCCCCACCGCCCUCACGCUACCUGGCUGCCCUGGACUCUGGCAGCCAUGCAGGCUGGCAAUUUAAACCCAUGGACAGCGCCCGAACACUGUGGUAGCUGUACCCUCAGAGUGACAGUACACCUCCAGCAUGAGAGCCAAAUACCUCGCCACGAGCCAGCCUCGCCCCGACUCCAGCGGCAGCGGGCACUAGACCGCACACCGGCCAGCCAUCUGUCCCCACGUGCCAAUCGCCCCACCCUUCCUAUGCCAGCACUGCUGCUUCCAUCCCGCCGGACCCUCUGCAAGCCUCACCGGGCCAGCCCUAGGCACCACUGAUGGCCCCCCACUAUACCCACCCUGCAGGAGGCACUCAGCAUGAGACCCGAGCCAGCCUGAGAAAUGAGGCU